UAUUACCCGGCUCGAGUUAGGAAUUCGGCGUCCUCUGGAUACGUCGAAUGUGCUCAAGUUUGUCGCGGGAACGUUGCAACACGUUAAAUUUUCCGAGGUUAAAAACGUUGAUGUGGAUUAUGCUAAAUUAGCCGAUUAUAGCAUAGUUCUUCCCGCCAUGAGGAAAUUAAGGGGGUUUGAACUAGUUCAAAGUCAGUGGACGGAUCGUAGAAAGUACGGAAAUUCGGUCGUGACGCCAAGGCUGGUAUUGAAGUUUAAUGGAGGAGAGGACAAUCCCGCGGGAAGGUUGGUAUACGAAGAUCAAUUCCCCGUUCUGGAAACUAUCAGGAUUUCAAAGUCCCACCUUGUUCAAGAUAUUUCCACAGAGGCCAUGGACAAAUUGUCGGUGGGGGAAUAUUUCGAGACAAGUGUGUCAUUUUUGUACAAAUCUUUCCUCCGCAAAGGUAAUUCGCGGGGUGAGAGUGUGAAACGAUUAGAUGUCCCGUUCCCGCCCGAGGAGAAGUUUAGGCAGGUAACGGGUGAGUCUUGCGAGUGGCGGGAUUCCUCCGAAUUUUGGGACAGGGCGGUGGAAAUGUUUCCCAAUUUGGUGAAAUACGCGGCCAUUGGGGGAAGCUGGAAAAAGGCAAGGCCGGCCGAGGUGAACGCGUGGGUCGUAUUAGGGGAGAAGCUAGGAUUUGUGCGGAAGAUUAAGCAAGGGGCGGGAAAAGACCCUGAUUUGAAUUUAGGAGACGACAUUUAUCUAGAGGUUUCUGAAAGUGUCAAGUUUAAUCGAAAUUAAUAUAUAGAAAUUUAGUUAGAAAUUUAAACAUAGAAAUUUAAUAAAUAAUUUCUAUUAGAAAUUUUCUAAUUAAUAUCUAGAAAUUCGAAAUAAAUGAAGUACGAGAACAGCCUUACGUCUCGCACAAGCUCUAAAUAAUUCGUUAACAAGGUAUUACCAGCCGGAGUAUACAAUUAACCGAUAUAGUAAUAAAUUUGUAAAUAAUCGACUGGCAGUAAAUUUACUGCCGCGAUAAUAAUAAAUCCAACUACAGAACUCAAAAAUAUUAUCAGUUUGUUUAAAACACAUUUCUACCAGCCAGUAAUAAAUGUAUUAGUUUGUCGGUAAAGUCACAUAUUUAUGUAUGUAUAUAUGUACAUAUGUAUGUGCUUAUGUAUAUACAGUAUGUAACUUAU